AUGCCGGAAGCACAAUCGCCUGAUUCCGCAUUCCCUAGCGGCAAGGGAGAUGCGGGUGCAACCCCACCAGGCCAGGUCUUGACGGGCAAGCAAGAACACUACCUCAAGCGCGAGCUCAUCGCCCGCGAAGUCCGCGGCGAAAUCUCCGAGCUAAAUUCCCCUACCGCGCUCCAGCGAUUCGGCGCCCCCUUCAGAUCGGAAUUCGGUGAGGUCGCACCGGUCGACUCUGAGCUGCCUAUUCUUCGGUAUAUUUUUGUUCAUCACGUUCGCAAUUUCCCGUUUCUUGACCAAGCACGCGAAAAGGAGUUUUGGCAGGAUAAGCUACAAAUCUUCUUGGAAUCGUUUGCCAAUAAACAUGUCUCGUCUUCGGAGGAUCGACUGGAGGAGACGAAGCGCCGGAAGUUGGCUCGGAAAUGCGAGAAGCUCGUGGAGCUGAUGAUGGUUUCGGGUGUGCCGACCGCGUCGGGAUAUGAGGAGCGCAUUCAAUUCUCAGAGAUGGAGAUCGUCGAGCGUGGUGCUCAGGAGUCGGGACUGCUGGCCAAUAUGCCCGAGGGUAAUUCAAUCAAUGGUUGGGAUGUGAACGUGGCCGCUGUUCGGACGACCUCUGUCAAGCGGACAGUGCGAUACCAUCAACAUGCAGAAUUCAUUAUCCGAGUUCGUCACAACGACAAACAGGAGGUUCAUAUUGGGAGGAGAUAUGGGGAGUUUGUCAAGCUUCACAAGAGACUGAGGACCGAGUUGCCAGGGAAACUACUCCCUCCUCUUCCUCGUAAGAACAAGACUUCUUCCACCUCGAGCUGGUGGGGCGCUAGUGCAGAUGAUGACGCUUCGUCUCUUUCAUCUCUGUCCACACAGGACACGAGUGUUCCCGAGGAUCGGCUCUCUGCACCAACUCUUUCCGCAGGGGACCUUCGGCGAUCAAUCUCCCGAGGAUCUCUGCGAUCAACAAAGUCACCGCGUGCAUCAACCGACGUGUCGAGGGCGACUGUGCUGUACCGGGAGGAGCAGCGUGUGUCACUGCGCGCGUUCCUGCGCACUGUGUUGCAGAACAAGCGUAUUGCAGAAUCCAAGGCCAUGGAAGAAUUUUUGACCGCUCGCCCCAUCGAGUUGAAUGAGGAAGAGUUGAUUGACGUUCAGAAACGGAAAAAAAUGGAUGCUGUGAGAAUAGAGGAACAGAAGAGAUUCUACGAGAUUGCUAGGCAACGAGCGGCAGAGCUGGAUGUGUACAUGGAGCGCUUCCGGCGGGAUAUUGUGGAGAGCAAUGGAUUGACAAAGCUCUUCGCCGAGAUUCGGGAGAAGCCCUCUAUUGCAGACCUCAGCCCGCAAUAUCAGAAAUUUGCUGAGUGGCUCCGCAUUGAAGUUGCUGCGACGAUAUACCAUCUGUUCCUUGCCGAGGAUAACUCCCCUGAACUGUUUGCACAGGCGAAAAGAAUCCACGGCCUGGUUCCGUAUACGCUAAUGAAGAAUGUGAUUCGCAUCGCCAACCCUGCUGCGGUCAUGUCUGGUGUUCUAGACCUUUUCAUGGCCCAGCCCUUCGGCUCACGGUCACUUUUGCAACGCAUCUUCUCAUUAACACUAAACGAAAGCAUCAAAGAUUUCCAGAAAUCGAUUGAUUCUUUGGCUUCGAAGGUUGAAGAUACUGUUCUUACUCAGAAGCUCAAGAGCUUCGCGGAUGCCGAGGAAGACGUCAAGAACGAGAUCCGAGCAGAGGCUGUUGCCGACGAUGUCGACAUUAUUGUGGCCAUCCUUCGCUCCGAACUACUGUCACCCGAACUCAACACGGAACAGGUUGGCAAGGUGUUCAACGGCUACGUGGCUUGGAACUAUGCAGUGGAGCAUGUAGAUCUGGAAAUGCAACAGGGCGCCCAGUGGUUCGCUCACAUGAAGCAGCUUCUGAAGCUUUACACCCGCCAGCGCGACAAGGCGAUGAUGUUAAGCAUUGUUGAGGAGCCAGUCACAUUGCAGCUCUUCCGCGACUUGUUCACUAUCUUCUACGAGCCGCUCGUCCGGGUUUACAAAUCUGCCAACGUAUACAACAGCAUUACCGACUUUGCUCUCUUUGCCGAUGAUGCUAUUAAUGUGAUUGAGAGUGCCCAGCGCCAGGAUGCCUCUGCCGACCCGAACCAAACAGUGCAGGCUUUCAUCGACCUGUGCGCUCGCCACGAGGCCAACUUCUACAAGUUCAUCCACGAAGUGCACCAGCACGAUAACGGCCUAUUCCAGUCUCUAAUGGGUUGGAUCGAGGAGAUUCUCGAUUUCCUGCGCAACGGCCCCGCUGGAGGCAAAAUGGACAUCAAUGCUUUGUUCCAAGGAGCUGUUGGAGUUGGCCAAGUCGACAAAGGCCUUGCUCUCACGGAAAUCAACCAGCUUAUCAAGUGGCACGAAGACCGGAAACGUUGGCAUCUGAAUAAGACUCGCCAGAAGAUGGCUGCUGAAGGUACACCUGCGGAGACUAUCCCAGGAGCUACAACUUUCAAGGGUAGUGAUUUCGGUCUUGACGAGGCUGAUCUGGAGGACCUCACUAUCUCGGAUGAAGCAUCUGAUGCCUCUGAUGAAGACUCUGGAGAUGAGGACAUGGACGAUCCCAUCGCCGUAGAGCGCCGUCGGCGGACAAAGAAGCAGGACCAACUUCGCCGAACCGCGGGUGAACCGGUCAAGCCCGAAGUUAACGAGAUUCUCAAGCUUGCUGAUCCGUUUGGUAUCAUGUUGCGGCAUGUGCUUGCUGAUUAG